GACUUGAAAGCAAUGUUUACGCUUUAAAAUGGGAAGAUUUAUAUUGCAUUUUUAAAGAAUUAGAAAGAAAAUUAAAGAAGACUGAAGAAAAUAUCAAAGCUUUGAAUUUACUAAAUGUAAGAAUUAAAAGGAGGAAUUUAAGUAUAGAUAUCACAUCUGAACUCAACUUAAAUAGAACAUCAGAAAAACUUUAA